AUGUCAUCAACUCUUGAUCACGAUAAAACUCAACGCAAAUCAUCUUCUAGAAAUUUCAACCCAGGUGAUCGUUGUCAAUAUUGUAACAAGUUUAAAUCAGAACGUAAUGAUAAAGAAAUUUGUGAAUGUAAUCGAAAAAAAGAUUUUCAUGAAGGAUGCAAUAGAAAACUAGAAGAAGAAAAAGAGAAGACGUUAGCUCCUAUUAUAAAAGUACGCGGUAUAGAACAUGGACAACUUGAAAAUGGUGCUUUGUAUGCUCAUUUUUCCAUGGAUACACCUGUAAGGAGAAUUGCAGAGUUUAUUUCACAACAAUGGGAUAUUCAAAAACCUAAAUUGAUUAUGUCGAUUAUUGGCGGUGCAAAAAAUUUUACGUUAACCGAUCAGUUUGAAUCAAAUAUUAUUAAUGGAAUUAUUAAAGUUGCUCUUAAAUCAAAUGUAUGGAUGAUUACUAAUGGAUAUAAAGUUGGUAUUGUUCAACUUGUUGGACAAGAAAUUAAUAGAAUUAAAUUAUCAAAAUUCAAUAAAAGUACCAUCACUGCCAUUGGAAUUGGUAAAUGGGGAAGUAUUAAAAAUGUCGAAAAAUUAACAGACAUGCAGACAGACGAAAAAAAUAAGAAAAAUAAACGUAUGUCGAAGAUUUUAGAUAAAGAAAAUCAAGAUAUUGAUGAAUUACAAAGUGGUGAAUGUUAUCUUGAAAUGAAUCAUAGUCAUUAUCUCAUGUUAGAUGAUGGAACUUAUCGAUAUUUUAAUACGAAAGAUUAUCGAACACGUUUAUGCAACUACAUAUCAAAUCUAUACAGAAGCAAUGGGUUUUACACUUCUCUUGUUACGAUCGUUGUUGAAGGUGGUAAAGAUACCAUAAGAAAUAUGUAUUUUGAUUUAAAACAUAAAGUUCCCAUUGUCAUUAUUAAGGGUAGUGGUCGUGUUGCUGACUUUAUUAGUCGUUGGUUAUUGUCUGCAAAAGACUUCAACGAUGAUUCCGAUGAAGAUAAAGUGGUAUAUGAAAUUGAUGAAUUAUAUACAAGAAGUGCUACAAUAGAAGUUUCUGAAAACAGAGCACAAACAAGAUCGAAAACAAGAACUGAUAUACAUGCUGAGCUUUAUGCUGAUUCAUCUUUAAAAAAACUUCAUCAACUGUUCAAAAAUUAUAAGGAAAACCUUGACAAAGAAUUAAAAAAUGUUUUAAGUGGUGAUAAUGAAUCGCAUAAGAAAAAACGUGAAAAAUCUAAGUCAAAAAAGGAUGAUUUUAAUGAAAAAUUACCAAGUCUGCUUGAUCAAGUUAUGUAUUGUCUACAACCAGGCCUUCGUUCACUAAUAACUGUAUUUGACUUAAAUUCAGAAACUGAUUUAUCAGAGACAAUUUUUGAGACUAUUUGCAAAUCAUUUGACAAUUUACCACAAAAUAUUCAAGAAAUGAAAGCUAAACAAACAUUACUUGAUUUAGCAAUCGAUUGGAAUUGUAUUGAUACAGCGAAAGAAUUCAUUUUUCAAAAUUCAUUAAAGCAUAUUCCGAAACCAGACAACAUCUUUAUAAAUGCUUUAAAAAAAAAUUCACCAUUAUUUGUAUAUGAAUUUCUUAAAUUAGGCUUUGAUCCAGCUGAUAUAUUCUUUCCAAAAAAUAAAUUUACUGAUGAAGAAAAACGAUAUAACAUUUUUUUUGAAAAACUCUAUGCACAUGAUUUAGUGAUGCGUGAUGAAACGCAUUUAAAACAUUUUAUUGAAUCUAAUAUAUCUACACAUGAGAAAAGUAUUAAUGAUGUUAAAUCACUUAAUAAAGUUUUGUGGAAUCUUAUUGGUGAUUAUAUGUAUAAACUUUAUUUUGAUACAGAAAAAGCUGAAUAUAACGAUCGAAUAAAAUGGGGAUUAAUGAAAAGUUCUAUAAAAUCCGAAGAAACUAAAAAUAAGAAUAUUAAAACUAAUAAAUCUAUAUCAAAUGAAUCAGAAAAAGCAAAAGCACACAAAUAUAUAAUGCGUGAUUUAUUUUUAUGGGCUAUAUUAAUGAAUUAUGUUGAUAUGGCUAAAGUUUUUCUAUGCUAUCUAAAAUAUCGAAUAUGUCCAGCAUUGAUUGCAACAAAAAUUUUAAAACAAUAUUAUUUAGUAGCUAAUUAUGGAGACUUAAAAGAACGUUAUAUGGAAAGUGCAAACUACUUUGAACAAUAUGCUAUUGAUUGUCUAGAUAAAUGUGAUGAUGAAGAUCGAGCAUGUGAUAUUGCUGUACAACAAAAUGAACUUUAUGGAUAUGUUACUUGUCUCCAAGUUGCAGCUGAUGCUAAUGAUAAAUUACUUAUUGCAACAUCAUGUUGUUCACAAGCUAUGCGUAAUAUUUGGUAUGACAAACUUCAUCCGAAAAAAACCCUUGCAUAUAAUGGAUUAUUUUUACUUCUUGGCAUUCUUUCAUUUGGUCUUUUGGCUCCUGCUUUUAUUGACUAUCGAGAACAAGAAACGGAUGCAGUUGCUGGUGAAUCUCUUACACCUAUUGUCGAACCAUUUGGCAUAGAUUAUACUGAUCCAUAUCCACUGGAAUAUCCUCAUUAUUUUAGAAGUAAACUUUCAUUUAAUCGGUAUAUACAUCGAUUGAAACAUUUUCAUUUAUCAUUAGUAACGAAAUUUACUUAUCAUGUAGUAUGUACACAUAUAAUGAUAAGAUACAUUGAAGAAUAUUAA